CCUCCCUCCUCUUCCUCCUGCUCCUUUGUCGCCCACCCCCUUCUGCUCCCGAAGUCCGAGGCCGGAAUUCACACGCGUCCAUCGCUUGGGGGACCAGUGCCCCCAGGCGCUUGACACGCACAGAGUCCUGCCUCGGAUGAUGGGUUCUGCUGCGGCUGGGGCCAGGCGGCCCGCACCAGCUGCGGCGCAGCAGCGCCAGCGCCGGCCAUGGAGGCCGCCAGCCUGUCUCCGAGGCUUGCCUCGCUGGUCGCGGACAACGCCGAGCUGCAGGACGCGCUGCUGCUGAACAAGUGUCUGACCACGCAGGAGCUGGCCACCGCAGGCUCGGACGCGGAAGAUGCCGCCAGGAGGCUCGGACUCAGCCUGCCGGGGCAGGAGGCCUUCGUCAGCAUUUUCGCGUUCGUGCGCGAGAAGGCCAACAUUCGCACGGACGAGCGGAUGAAGCAGAUGCUCGACGUUGUGAACGAGUCUGGGGAGCUCAUCAUGAGGCGGCCACGAUGCGAAGUUCUCAGCAAGGGCUUCCGGUACCGCGCCGUCAACGUAUGGGCAUUGUGCCCGAAGACGGGGCGCGUUCUGAUUGGACAGCGGGCCGUCGCCAAGGACAUGGACCCGGACAAGUGGACGUGCGUUUGCUGCAGGGUGCCGAGCGGCGAGUUGUCGAUGAACGUGGCGGCGGAGCAGCUGUCUCAGGAGUUCGGCAUCGAGGUUGCACUCGACACGCACAUGUCCUUGGCCUUCUCGCUGAAGACCGAAAGGGAGAUCACUCGUGGCCUCUUCAGCGGGCACGUCGACAAGACGAUGACAGACGUGUACGUGGCCACAUUGGACGAGGAGGUGCCUUUGCAGCUGGUGCACCUGGACGUGCGCGUCAUGCGCGCGGCGAAGUACGUAGAGGUGGCAGAUUUGGAGAAGGCGCUGGUCGAGAAAGAUAGCAGCUUCGUGACCCCACCGAGCGAGGAGUACUCCAGGAAGCUCAUCCAGUUCAUGAGAAGGAUGUGCCGUGAGGUGGGUGCUGUAGCUAAGCCUUCUGCCUAGCCAGGUAGAUGUGGACCUCGCGGCCUCUUGUGUUGCGUUCCCACCGGACCGAUCGGGAUUCAAAUAGGUAAACCUUGUUUUGGACCAACUCCAGUUGCAUCCGUAAACGGCGGAGAACAGUUGACACGCACCAGCUGCUUGGGCAAUG